AUGGAGCUGGAGGGGGCCGUUAGUAUGAGGACGCGGGGGAGAGGGGGCGGGGCCGUAGUUGGAGACGCAGUGGGGAGCGGCAGUACGAAGCAAGAAGGACGCAGGAGCGGCCGUAGUUUGAGGACGCAGCAGGGAGUGGGGAGCAUGGAGCUGAAGCGGGCCAUAGAUGAAGACGCAGUGGGGAGGGCGGGCGGCCGUAGUGUGGCCAGUGUGCGUAAGACCACAGUGCUGGAUGUCAUGAGAAGGCUACUGCAGCCUAAAAAUGUUAUGGUAUCCACUGGCAGUGACCGGCAAACCAACCACUGCUAUAUUGCAAUACUGAACAUCAUUCAAGGGGAAGUGGAUCCCACACAGCUGUUUGAGAGAACUUGUCGGCAGUACGAUAAACUGCGAAAACGUGAGGCUUUCCUGGAGCAGUUCCAAAUAGAAGGAAUCUACAUUGAGCAGCUGGAGGAGAUCCGGGAAGCCUGGAUGGAUUCGCUGGCUCAUGUAGAGGACAGAAUUGAUGAAAUAUUAGGGUCCAUAGACAAUAUGCAGGCCCUAAUACUUCAAAUGAAGAGAGAAGAAGGGAAAGAAGAAGAAGAAGAGAGUUAUGAAACUGCUAUGGGGAGUUCCUUAAGCAGUGAAAACACUGCCGAGGAGCAACCUACAAGCAGUGACGGCUCUAACAGUGAGGGAGAGGAACGGAAAAGAUCGGAAAGCAGAAGUGAAGAAGAAAGAAUGGACAACAGUGAAAGUGCAGAGGAUACAAACAAUGCGAAGCAAGUCCGCUUCGCAGAAAACCUCUGCACUUUUUAUGAAAUCCCACUAGGGAAGAACAAAAAAGAAAGCAAAUUUCUAAGAUUCAUUAGAAGAAUCUUCAGAAAGAAUGCUAAGAAAAGUGGGAUUAAAGAAAAAACAGAAAACUGCGAUAAAAGUAGAUGCACAGAUGACAUGGAAAAAGGGUCUACCACCAUAAUAGAUGAUGGGACCCGGCAUUGGAAGAGUGCAAUGCUAGAUCAUGAGGAAGAUCGGCUGCUGAAUGAUUAAAGAAGUCACAGCAAGCAGUGAGAAAAUUUAAAAAAAAACAACAAAAAGCAAAAUGUAAAAAAAAAAUUUAAAACAAACAAAAAGCAA